AUGCUAAGUGCAAGGUCGAUCCCUGAGGUGCAGGGUAGAUCCUUGUCGUCUAGGUGCGAGGUCAAUACCCGUAGUUUAGCUGUGAGGUCGAUACUCGGUUUAGUCGUGACUCGGUUGGCUCGAUCCACGAGUAAGCUCGAAUCUUUUAAAAUCCUCGUCACUAGGAAAAACCGGCCCGCGCCAGGCGAGCGUGGGAUGAUGGUGAUGCCUUGGACUCAAAAUGAGGCGAAAUCGUUUAUUAUCAAAGACGAGUUGGCUGACGAGUUCAUCGAGAAGAGCCGCAGAUUCCCUUCCGAGAUUCUCAUCGUCGCGAAAACCUUGAGUUAUUUCGCGAAGGACGAAUCUCGGCUUCGAAUGCUUAAAAACGACAAGGAGAAACUCGAGAAGGAGAAGAAAAAGUAUGGCCCGUUGAGUUUCGACGAUUUGGUUACGAUGCUUAUAAAUCGGUACGAAAAUGUCCUCCCGAAAAGCGUAUUGAUGGACUGUUUCAGCACGGAGACUCUCGAGGGGCAUUUUCUCACCCGAGGGCAACCGGUCGGGUACAACGAGCUCAUCACGUAUUGGAUACUCGAGGGGCAUUUAGGUCAUUUCACGCGGAUCGAGGAUGCGUACGAGGAGGGCCACCGAGUCUUGAUCGAGCUUCUCGAACUCGGGUUGCUCGAGAAUCAAGAAUCGGGUCGCGUCGUGUCGAGCGGUUCCCGGUUGUUCAAGUUCGACGUUCGGGAAUACUACCAUUUUUUCCGAGGCGUCCGUUUGGGCCUCGCCACGACUUUCGAAUGCCGGCUCGGGAAGAUUGCGGUCGGGCACGGGGCCAUAAAAACUGUGAUCGCCAAGCAAGACGAGAAAAUAUCGACGCUCGUUUUGGAGGGAAAUCACAUCGGGAAAAUUGAGAUGCGGGAAGUUUUCGAAUCGGGCCGCGAUGCGAUCGAGAAUCUCGCCGUCUUAAACCCGACGGGAAGAUAUUUCCCACUCCGGAUCUCCGAGAUGAGCGAGCUUCAGCUGCUCGUCGUGAGAGGCUGCGAGUUUUUUGACACGGUCGAGCAAAUUCUCGAAAUCACUCCUCCGCAUCGUGGAUGGCAACACCUCACGGCUUUCGAGCUAUCGGGUUCGAUCAACCUCAAACAAAUCCCUGACCAUUUCUUCAUCGACAUGCCAAACAUUAAAAACCUCAACUUGUCCUGUCUCAAUAUUAAGUACCUGCCUGAAAGCUUUUACACCCAACUCACCAAACUAGAAAUCCUAAUCCUUAAAGACUGCAAAAGCCUGAAAAAGCUCGAAAGCUUGCGAAAUUUCAAAAACCUCGAGGUGCUCGACAUCUCGGGCGACAAAUCUGUGACGAGCAUUCACGACAAGAUGUUCGUGACGAACACGAAACUCCGAAUCAUAAACUUAUCCGGCACAAAGAUCGAGACUCUCCCUGUUAUUCACGACCUCCAAAAACUCGAGUCUCUCUCCCUAAGCGAUUGCCUCUCCCUAACGAGAAUACGGAGGAUCGCCAAACUCAGCCGCCUCCAAAUCCUCGACAUCUCGGGAGCUGAGAAAGUCGAGGAGUUUCUCGACCCGUGUUUGGAAUAUCUCGAGAGCCUCGACUAUCUGGAUAUUUCCCGGACGGCCUUCCGGAAGCUUCCGUCCAACAUCGCCAACCCGCGGUACGUUUACAUGCGCGAGUGUCAGGAGCUGACGAGGCUAACUCCCAUCGAAGGCCUGUCGAGAGUCGAGGUCCUCGACCUGUCGGGCUCGACGAAAUUAGCGCAAAUUCGAGUCGAGUUUUUCAAAAACGCCGCGCAUUUAAAGGAGCUGAACUUAUCGAGAACGGACGUGAAAGACUUUUCCUUCCUUUCGAGCCUCGGCACGACUCUUCGUAAACUCUGUCUGUCGAAAUGCAUGUCGUUGGAAAAGCUUGAAAGCGAGAGCUUGAGCGAGUUACGGGAGUUGGAAAGGCUCGAUCUCUCGGGAUGUAAGAAUCUAACCGAGAUUGAGGAUGGCUCGUUCAACAAAAUGUGCCUUCUUAACUACCUCGACGUGUCGGAAUUAUCACUGCUCGAGAAACUACCGUCCCUUUCGAACAACAUAAACCUCGGGGAAAUCCACAUCAAAGACUGUCCGAAACUAACCACAUUGCAAGGACUCGAUCGAAUCCCCACCCUCCGAAUUCUUGAUCAUUCCGGAACUUUCUUGAAACCAUCUCCGAAUUUCGAUCAUGAUUGUCGCGUGCUGGGUCCAGUUUUCCCGAGCAUGGAAAAUAUUUUUCUCAAUAAACUCCUUAUAGACCUCGGCGCGAAUGGUAUACCUCCCGAGCUGACUCAUCCGACGCACGAACAGCAAGAAAGCUCCGAAUCAUACUGCAAUUGGAGCAUUUCCAACUGGAGAGAUGAAGAAAAUGGCCACAAUGCCCCGAUCAGCGGCUUUCAUUUCCUCAAUCUCCUCAAAAUGUACCCGACAUUCUUGAAGGACUCGUUAGAACGGUUUAAUUUCCUAAUUUACCCUUCAGAGGCGCCGGCCGAGCAUUACUUGCCCGACAAGCAAGACUACUCAGACGAGACUGGUAUACGAGACGCUUACCUCAGCCAAGUGACUAAGCGAAAAUUCGGGAAACGCUUAGAGUUCCGCGGUUUCGCAAAAGCCCCACUCUGCAUCGAUCUCCUGCUGCAAGAAUCUGAGUUUAUCAUCCUCAUCGACAACUCUUUUUUAGCUUCGCUGCACUAUUUAUGCACCGACUGGAUUAAGAACAGUAUCAAGGCUUGCUGGGUCGAGAGGUGCAACGAAAUGGAGCACGCGUUCGUUAAUAAUUCAGACAACAAUCUCGACACGUUCGAGACGCUAUGGAUUUCCGAGGCGGCGAAGCUCAAAAGCAUCGGUGUUUUCCGAGGGCUCAAAUCCUUGUACUUGGAGUUCUGUCCGAAUCUCACCGAGCUCAGCUGCUGCGAGCUCGAAAAUCUCGAGAUUCUAUACAUCAAAUACUGCAAGAACCUCGAGUCGCUCUUCAACAACGAAGGCUCAGGCUCGGAGGAGGCUCUGAUGCUGCCGAACCUGACGGCCCUCCACCUGUGGGGCCUACCGAGCCUCGGGAGAGUCGAGCUCGGUUGGGCUCGGUCCUCCCUGACGACGCUAAGGGUCGGCGAGUGCCCCCGGCUGGAAAAUAUUAGCAUUUCAGCCCCCCAAAAAAAUUGGGAAGCAAUCGGGAUGCUCGAGGUCCUGCACGUGAAGUUCUGCGGAAAGAUGAGCGCGAUUUUCGAGCCGCCGCCGCCGGGGGACUUUUUUCCGGAGCUGAGGGAGAUGGAGGUGUGGGGCCUAGAAGGGGUGAAGGGGAUUGGGUUCAAGGCGCCAAAUUUGGAAACUCUGAGAAUUGCUGAGAUGCCCCUGGUGGAGAAUUUUCAUGAUUUGGGUCCUGUGAGGCCUGGAGUUGUGGAGAUCAAGAGCUGUGAUGGGCUGAAGGAACUGUUUGAAAUUGCUGGUGGGUCCCUGGUGGAGAUUGAGAGAAUGGAGCUGCUGUGCUUACCUGAGUUGAAGAAAAUUGGUUUUCAUGUGAAAGAGGAAGAAAAUGUAACAAUAUGGGGAUGCCCAAAACUGGAAAUGAAUUGA